UCUACAGCUGGAAACAUUUCUGGAAAUCUAGAGAAGCUCAAAAUGUCUGCGUGCAAAGUGCUAAAUGCGUGCCUGCUGCUUGCAGUCUGCCUUUCGGUUUUGGUGGCUGCCCAGCCGCCUAUCACACCUCGCGAAUGUCCUUCGAAUGAGACCUUUCUGCCGUGCGGUCCCAGUUGCCAGACGGAGUGCGCUACCCUGGGCCAGCCCUGUCUAAUCAGGCAUAUCCGUUGCCCCGACGGCUGCUAUUGCAACAAAGGAUAUGCCCGCGAUUCCGCUGGCACGUGCAUUCCCAUCAGUAAAUGCAGCAGACGUGGUUCCUACACCAAUUAAGCAUUGUUAAUUAAUGACAAAAGAUUCCAAAUUGAUAAACAGCUGCUGAGUUUUGUUUGCUUGAACGUGUUAUUAUUGCUCACCGCAUGACGAGGUUUAAUUAUGAGUCUACCCCGUGCUUAAAAGGCUCUUAUGUGGGGUAUAAUUACACACAGUA